AUGGGUUCAAUGGAGGACCUCCAGAUCGAUUUGGACAAACUUUCAAACACUCAAAAUCAUAUUUUCAGUAAAUUCGACGUUUUGACCCAGAACGUCGAUGAUAUUAAACGGGUCAUUUCACAAAUUUCUGAGAAACUACUAGUAUUAGAAGAGGCAGUAUCUGACAGACGAAAAUUAAAGAAUGAUAUGACAUAUAUGAAGAAUAGAAUAGAUGAGCUUUACGCGAUUGUUAAGGAAGGGAAAGAAGAUGUGUCCGUGAAGAGUGAGGAUGUACGAGAUGUGGAGUCUUGUCACUCUGGAUUUUCCUGCACGUCUAGGGUUGCCAUGACAACCGGUAUAGAUCGUGACACGAUACGGUCUGCUUAUGACGACGUGCGAUCAGACGGUUCACCUACAGAAUGGGCAGUAUUCAAAUUUGAAGGAGCGCGGAUAGUUUGUUCAGCGCGGGGCAGCGAUUUCUCAGAGUUCCAGACACAGUUCUCAGAUGAUGAAAGAGCUUUUGGUUACCUCAGGUUGCAAAUGGGAGACGAAAUGUCCAAACGCAAGAAAUUUAUGUUUGUGACGUGGGUUGGUCCAAACGUUUCGGUGAUAAAUCGAGCAAAGAUGUCCACCGAUAAAGCCAUCAUCAAAGAUAUUAUUUCUGUAAGUAUUCUUGUAUAG